ACUUGUCUGUGUGGCGGAUGUGACGUCACGGGCGCGGGCGCCUGCUUGUGGCGGCGUUGCUUUGUGUGAUGGGCGGCAUGGCGACUCCUCUGGAGGUGGUGGUGAGCGCGGACGCCGGCUCGCAGCUGUGGAACCUCACCGUGUUCGACCUUCACAGCGGCUCCAGCCUGCUGUCGUACCGCGGCGGGAACAGCGCGGCGCGCAGCCUCACGGUGCUCCGCGGGGAGUUCCUGCUGUCCGCGCAGCUGGGCAAGAACUACAUCAACGUGUGGGAGAUCCAGAGGAAGGAUCAGCUACAACAGAAGAUCGUCUGUCCAGGUAUGGUCACCUGUCUGACUGCCUCGCCGGAUGGAGUGUUCCUCGCUGCUGGAGUUGGGGAGGCUCUGCAUCUGUGGGAGGUGUCGACAGGGAAGCUGCUGUGUGUCCUGAGUCGACACUACCAGGACAUUACCUGCAUCAAGUUCACCGAUGAUGGCAGCCAUUUUGUUUCUGGGGGAAAAGACAACCUGGCUCUGGUUUGGAAUCUGUGGGGGGUCAUCCAGCUGGACACGAGCCAAACUCCUGAGCCUCGCCACGUCCUGUCCCGUCACUCCCUUCCAAUCACAGACCUGCAUUGUGGCUGCAUGGGAGCUCAGGCCAGAGUUGCAACUGCGUCGCUGGACCAGACUGUCAAAGUUUGGGAACUGUCUUCUGGUGAGCUGCUGCUGUCUGUCCUGUUUGAUGUGGAGAUCAUGUCGGUGACCUGUGACCCCUGCGAGUACUUCCUGUUUUGUGGCGGAAGUGAUGGGAAUAUCUUCCAGCUGUCUCUGUGCAGUCAGAGUCUUCUCCGUGAGAGAUCCUUUCAGUCUGACAGUGAAGGAAACCAGGUUCUGAAAGGACACGGGAACAUGGUAACAUGUCUCUCCGUGUCGAUGGACGGGACCCUCCUGCUCUCUGGGUCACAUGAUGAGACGGUUCGAGUCUGGGACAUUCAAAGCAAACAAAGCAUCCGGUGCCUGGCGCAUAAAGGUCCCGUGACGAACGCCGUCAUCAUGCCGGCUCCUGCCAACAUGUUCCUGCCGGACAGCCGGCCGGCCGUCCCUCUGCUGCGCUUCAGCCGCCACCUGCACACCACCGAGGACGAGGGUGGAGAGGCGGGGGAGGUGUGCGUCCGGCCGGCGCUCCACGCACAGAAGGAGGAGGAGACGUACCUGCAGAAGGCGGAGCACCUGUACACGCUGAUGACUGCUGUCACUGACAGGUCGGUGUGUGGUGAUGGUGAGAGCACAAAAGUGCACGUGGCAGAGCUGAAGGAAGAGGUCCAGAUUCUGAAGAAGGUCAACAGAGAGCUGUACGAGUUCUCCAGCCAGCUGCUCACCAAGCCCACGUGAAAAAUAAAGCCGUUCUAAUCAAG